AUGUGGAGGAUCGUGAAGAGGAAGCAUUGCUGGGAGUCGUGGCUGGAAAGAACUUCAAGGUCCAGCUCGUUUCAGCGGAGUGCAUGCCCCUGGAGGGAGGCUCCUGAGCCCAUUCUGCAGAACUACGUCAGCUACGAUCCGCCUCGUUUAGCGAUGGUGGUGAGGGACUUCCAAGCAGGCAAUGAGGAGAACCUGCUUCUAUGGACCGGUGAGACGGUCUACGUGUCAGACAAUGACGGUGAAGGCUGGCUCUAUGGUUUCUUCCUUGACCCUGAGGAUCCAGAUGAUGGUGGAUGGUUCCCAGUGGAUGCUGUGGAAUUCAUGGAGGAGGCCAUUGAAGAGCCUGAGCAGCAGGCCGACGACACCUGGGAUCAGUGGACUGCUGCUGAGCCGGAAGAACUCCCGCAGUGGGGUCAGGAGGAGGUUCCGGAGCUGCCGGACUGGGGCAAUGAAGGCGCGCCGGCGGAGCCCGCGGAUCCCACGGACCCCGAGACGAAAGGGGCGGCUGAGGGUGAGGAGUGCCCAGUGGAAGGUCUGCAAGAGUGGCUGCAAAGCAUCUCCUUGCAUCACUACGGUCCAAAGGCUGCAGAGUGGUGUGUGGAGAUGGGUGCAGUUUCACUUGAGGAGAUCAAAGAGAGCUGGGAAGACUUCGCGCAGGACCUUUCACUGAAGCCCUUGGAGAAGAAGCGACUCCAAAAGGCGUGCCAAUAA